CUCAGUAUACAUUCUUAUAUAUAUUUCCUUGCUUCGAUUAGGGUUUUGGGCUGGCACAUUUCCUGUUGCUCUUCAUAGGCUGAAGAAGCACUGGAGGCGUAGUUAGUUCAAGGUCGAAGACAGAGGCAAGAAGUUUCGGAGGAAGAGAAAUCAUGGCACGAGGUUUGAAGAAACAUUUGAAGAGGCUCAAUGCCCCAAAGCAUUGGAUGUUAGACAAACUUGGCGGUGCAUUCGCUCCAAAGCCAUCAUCUGGACCCCACAAGGCCAGGGAAUGCUUACCCCUGAUUCUUAUCUUAAGAAACAGACUGAAAUAUGCCCUCACAUACCGUGAGGUUAUUGCUAUACUGAUGCAACGCCAGGUUCUUGUUGAUGCGAAGGUUAGGACCGAUAAGACCUACCCAUCUGGAUUUAUGGAUGUCGUAUCAAUUCCCAAGACAAAUGAGAACUUCCGUCUCCUUUACGAUACCAAGGGUCGUUUCCGUCUGCACUCGAUCAAAGAUGACGAGGCAAAGUUUAAGCUCUGCAAGGUGCGUUCUGUGCAAUUUGGGCAGAAGGGUAUCCCAUACCUCAACACCUAUGAUGGACGCACGAUCCGUUACCCAGACCCACUCAUUAAGGCCAAUGACACCAUCAAGGUUGACCUCGAGAGCAACAAGAUUGUUGACUUUAUCAAGUUUGAUGUUGGGAAUGUGGUCAUGGUUACUGGAGGUAGGAACAGAGGCAGAGUAGGAGUUAUCAAGAACAGGGAGAAGCACAAGGGUAGCUUUGAGACGAUCCACAUUCAGGAUGCCACUGGCCAUGAGUUUGCAACUCGUUUGGGUAAUGUCUUUACCGUUGGCAAGGGUACUAAACCUUGGAUAUCUCUGCCGAAGGGCAAGGGUAUCAAGUUGUCCAUCAUUGAAGAGGCCAGGAAGAGGCUUGCAGCCCAAGCAGCUUCAACUGCUUAAACUUUAUGGGCAGAACACUUGCAGAGGUAGAUGCAGUGUUUUUAGUUUUGGACGGAAUUGAUAGUUUUGAAUCUUGCCAUUUAGCUUUGAGGAUCAAACUUAUUUGUGUCUGAUUUUUGUUUGUCCCUUUGGUAAUUUGGACAAAUUUUUGUAGGUGUAAUCCAGUUUUAAAAUUUACGAAUUGUUGGAUUGAUGAAAAAGUUUCAGAUCUCAUUUAAUUAGAUUCUUUCUUA